AUGUCAAUACUAGACUUGCCUUUCGUCAAGCUAGCCACCACUAACAGAAAAGCCGGUGGCCAACUAGCUCUACGAAACUUAGACUUGGCUGCCCACAGGUCCCUCUUCAGCAGUCAUGUCUACCGGAACAUCGAGAUUCCUGUCCACGCAGAUAGUCUGGCUGCGAGGUUAUCAAACGCCCUUGCUCCUUUUUUCAGCAACCCCGAGAAGCAUACCAAUCUGCAGCGACACAACAGCUGGGCCCUUGAGGAUGAUGAAUGGUCUGGAGUACAGGAAGGCUUUGUUGAUGUCUUCAAUCUGGCACUAACCCUCAAAUCUGACCUCCUGGUCGGCACUCACAAAUAUGCCGUCCUGCAUUUCCCACCACGCUCAACAUUCAUGGAGGUCCGUAUGCAGGCUGAGAGCAGAGCUGGAGAUCGAACCGUUGAUGUUCCAGGCAUGCUCAGAAAGGCGAGUGUAGAUCUCGUGGGCAACAGAGUGCCUGUAAGGACCAAACCCUGGGGUGUUGAUGAUGAUGCAUUACCGCUCAUCUAUAAAGGGGUAGUCGUCAUUCCGUCGACCAAUUGA